AUGGAGUACAUGGGAAGCAAUAUAACAUACAACAAAGACAUAUACAGUGAGUUUAAGUACUACUGUGAACAGCAUGAGAUUGAAGUAAUGAGUAAAGGAGACUUUGAAACGCUUAUGAAAGACAGUAAGGAGGUCGUUCAUGAGAACAGUGUUGAAAUAGUUCAUGAGAACAGUGAGGAGGUCAUACAUGAAUGCAAUGAUGAAAUAGUUCACGAUGUCGUUCGUGAAGAAGCCAUUGCAACAAAGAAUAUAUAA